AUGGCAGCACCAGGAACCCAAUCGCUCAAGUGUGUUGUGACAGGAGAUGGAGCUGUUGGCAAAACAUGUCUCCUGAUUUCGUAUACUACUAAUGCAUUUCCUGGAGAAUACAUCCCUACUGUAUUCGAUAAUUAUUCUGCCAGCGUGAUGGUUGACGGAAAGCCAAUAAGCUUAGGUCUGUGGGAUACUGCUGGACAAGAAGAUUAUGAUAGACUGCGCCCGCUUUCCUACCCCCAAACAGACGUAUUUUUGAUCUGUUUUUCGAUUGUCAGCCCUCCAUCUUUCGAUAACGUCCGAGCAAAGUGGUUUCCUGAGAUAUCCCACCAUGCGCCUGGCGUUCCAAUUAUUCUUGUUGGAACGAAAUUGGAUCUUCGAGAUGACGAGCCUACCAAAGAAUCCCUUAGAUCCAAACGAAUGGAGCCUGUAACCUAUGACCAGGCAAGAGUUGUUGCCAAAGAAAUCAGGGCACACAAAUAUUUAGAAUGUUCUGCGCUCACGCAGAGAAACCUCAAGAGUGUAUUCGAUGAGGCAAUUCGUGCUGUCCUGAGCCCACAACAACAAGCACCCAAGCCGAAGAAGUCUAAGUGUACAGUUCUAUGA